UACGGAUCACAUCUAGUGGGCUUACUUUUUGGUUUCAUGUUCCAUUGAAAUGCUUCUCGGAGAUAAUUAUCAAUUAAGACUGAUUUUGGAAUGCUUGAUUAGUGCAACCUACGCUUUUUUACACAUUAAUGCCGCGGAUUAAUUCCAUACGUGUUGCACAAUAAAUAUGGGAUGCCGCAACGGUAUAAUUUAUGAAUUAUGUAGCUUUUGCUGAACCUACAGCAGCAUAACCAUCACCCCAGGCCGUCGUCCCUUUAUUCCCGGUAACACCUCCCUGCCGCCGGCACCGCCCGCCCGACCACUCCCCCCGCACCCCCGUCCCUCCCCUCCAAGUUGCAGUACCGCCCAUGGACUGCAACAACUCGCAGCGCGGCAGCACCGGCGCGCUUUCUUCCUCAGCAGGCAGCAGCACCGCCAAUUCUAAUCCAGGAAUGCAUCAUUCGCUGUCAACGCCGGCGGUGGGGGACGCCAGGCCAUCCGGAACGGUCUCUCCAUCUUCCCGGAAACCUGGAAAGAUGCUUGCCGUUCGGGUACACAUGCUUGACGACAACGUCACCAUUUUUCAAGUUCAGGCUAAAGCAAUGGGAAAAGUGUUAUUUGAACAAGUCUGUAAGCAGCUGCACUUACUAGAAGCUGAUUAUUUUGGUUUGGAAUACUCAGAUGCGCAUGGUACAAAGUAUUGGCUGGAUCUCCAAAAGCCCAUCUCUCGACAGCUGGGUCUGUCGUUGGUAGAUCCUCUACUCUACUUCUGUGUAAAGUUCUAUACGCCUGAUCCAGGGCAGCUAGAAGAAGAAUACACUCGAUACUUGUUCUGUUUGCAAGUCAAAAGGGAUCUUGCGCAGGGUUUGAUGCAAUGCAACGAAAACACUGCAGCGCUGAUGGCGAGCUACAUAGUUCAAGCGGAAUGUGGAGACUAUGCUGCCGAGGACUAUCCUGACCACACUUAUCUUUCCACUUACAAAUUUGUGCCUCAUCAAGAUCAGGAGCUGGAAAAGAAAAUUAUGGAGAAUCACAAAAAACACGUAGGUCAAUCACCGGCAGAAGCUGACCUGAACCUCCUCGAAACGGCGAGGAGGUGCGAACUGUACGGAAUAAAAAUGCAUCCGGCAAAAGACCACGAAAACGUUCCUUUAAACUUAGCCGUCGCCCAUAUGGGUAUCAUCGUGUUCCAGAAUUACAUGAAAAUCAACACAUUCUCGUGGGCGAAGAUUAGGAAAAUCUCUUUCAAGAGAAAGAGAUUUUUGAUAAAGCUGCAUCCUGAAGGAUAUGGUUAUUACAAAGACACAGUAGAAUUUUUUUUCGAAGGUAGGAACGAAUGUAAAAACUUCUGGAAGAAAUGCGUAGAAAACCAUGGAUUUUUCAGAUGUUCCUCAGUGAAAAAUGUUUCAAGACACAAAACGAGAGUGUUGUCAAGAGGCAGUUCAUUUAGGUAUAGCGGCAAAACGCAGAAAGAAAUCAUUGAAUUUGUCAGGGACAACUACGUCAAACGUCAAACAUUCCAAAGGUCGCACUCGUUCCGUCACUCUAGCGCCCAUUCGAGCGCCUCGAACGUUCACUCCUCGACUGUCGGGAACAGCAUUUCCGCUCACCCCCUCCUGCCUCUUGCUGACAGCCAGCUCAGCGUGGAAGUGUCCAAACAGUCGUCGGGAUACCCCUGUUCGACGGCGGCGUCAGUUUCAGCCUCUCUGGCCGGCACUCCAUCGGCGCACAGACAACACUCUCCCAAUGUGGAUUCUCUGACGACGAAAUCAGCCUCUCGCCUCCCAGGCACAGCUACAUCCUGGAGCACGGCCGACAUCAACACCACCAGCGGCACUACAGCCACGGCGGCGGACCCAGCAGCACCGGCGCAGGGUACUACCCCACCUCCUCAGACGACGAGCUUCUCGACACGCCGCAUCGAAACAGAUGACGCCAAGAAAGAAAUGUUGGAUAACUCGAACGGCUUGGAUCCCAACGUUGAAAACAACAACUUCUACUGCUCGACCCCGAUCAAGCCCUUAAACGGCAACAUAUCCGAACUAUCUCUGAAGGCCACCAAUGGCACAUACACUCCCCCACAAAUGGACAACGAAUCUAUACAAGAAUACACCAAAGAACAGCUGAUGAAUAGCAUCAACGCGAAUGUUACCAACGCGAAUAUCAACACCACGACUAUUAUUGCGGAUAUAGAAGGAGAGGUUAAGAAGAAGCCGAGACAUUCCUUUGACAAGGCGUACUAUAUCGCCAAGGAGAUUUUAAUGACUGAGCUAACAUACAAGAAGGAUCUGGAUGUCAUCAAUGUGUGGUUCAGAAAUGAGGUAGGCAAGGAACAACCAGAAGAAUGCCAGAUCUUGCUAUCGUUAAUUGCACCUUUGGCCCAAGCACAUGGCAUGCUAGUGAAAGAUCUAGAACAACGAUUGCAGGGAUGGGAUACCAGGGGCGGUCCAAGAGCAGCUGCCGGAAGAAUUGCUGACGUGCUGCUGACACAUUUACCCCCAUUAUUACCGAUCUACGAAGAAUAUUUAGAUGGUCACAUGCUUGUCUUGGAACGUCUCGACACGGCAUUUAAGCAAAAUUCUCGUUUCGAACAACUGUACCGAGAAUUCGAAACACAGAAAGUUUGCUAUUUGCCGCUAACAACGUUUGUACUGAAGCCUCUCCAUCGAUUGUUGCAAUAUCAAGCGUUGCUCCAGAGAUUGUUGAAACAUUACGGACCAAAUCAUCCCGAUAGAACGGACUGCUUGACAGCUAGUGAUACUUUGAAGGAUUUGAUGGUUCCUGUGUCGGAAACAUUGGAGCAGUCAGAAAACUUGGCCACGCUGUGCGAGCUACAAAGAGACAUUGUAGGGUUUGACAGCUUGGUACAACCUGGAAGGAAGUUCAUCAGGCAUGGAUGCAUGUUGAAGUAUUCGAGGAAGGGGUAUCAACAACGGAUGUUCUUUUUGUUUUCCGAUAUACUUCUGUAUACAUCUCGAUCCCAAGCCAACCUACAGUUCAAAGUUCACGGUCAUAUGCCUCUGCGAGGUGUGCUGAUAGAAGAACCAGAUGGAGAAAUCCAGUUCAACGGUCUGAUAAUUUAUGGAGGAAACAGAGCGCUUACUGUGGCAGUUAGUAGUCCAGAAGAAAAAGACAGGUGGAAGGCUGAUUUGCAGACUGCUAUUCAAAUGGCUAGGGACAAAGGAGAUACGAAAAUCACUUAUUUGAGUCUAAAAAGUUGUAGUUCUUCCGAUGAAAAUGUGGACCAAGUUGGGAACAAUAACGUCGGGACACAAACAAAAACUCAGGCACAAAGAAGCAAUACUACAGUUCAUGUGUGUUGGCACAGGAGUACUAGUAUCAGUAUGAAGGAUACACUUCUGGCAGUAGAGAACCAGUUAUCCGGGUAUCUGCUUCGAAAAUUCAAGAGUACCAACGGUUGGCAGAAAUUGUGGGUCGUUUUCACAUCUUUCUGCCUCUUCUUCUACAAAGGAUGCUUGGACGAAUUUCCAUUAGCCUCUUUGCCCCUAUUGGGCUAUUCUGUAGGACCACCCGCGCGUGAAGAUCAAAUCGGAAAAGAUUUCGUCUUCAAGUUGCAGUACAAGAACCACGUGUACUUCUUCAGGGUUGAAUCUGAAUAUACUUACAACAGAUGGAUGGAAGUGAUAAGCAGUGCAACACAAAUACCUAGAAGAAAACCUACGUACUUGAUUGAAAACACGAUUGAAAUUUUACCAGAAAAGUAACGAAAAUACAUUUUUGGGACUGCAUUUAUUUUAGUUAUAUAUCUUAUAUGAUUCUGUGAUUUAAAGAAGACAUCAAUCCAAAAAGUGAAUUGCCAUAUCACGUAAAACAUUUUAUCGAUUUUUAAAUAAGAUAUAUACAUUAUCUUUUAGCGGGGAUUUGGGUUAAAGCUUAUACUUCAGGUUAUGAUUGUUUUCAAAUCACAUGUAGAAUAAAAUUGAAUAAUUUUUUGAGCACAAGUACUUUAAAAGUAUUAAUGAUCGAAUUUAAGUCUGUUAUAUUCAUUCCGGCUUUAAAUAUGUGCCUUUCUUCCAAUAUUAACUAUUUUUGUAUAUAAUGUACAUUUACAAAAUAUUUUAUAUUUAUAUACAAAUAAGUAAGUUUUAUCAUAGUAUUAGUGAAUAGAGAGUUUUGUGAUUAAUUUACAUUAUGAACUUUAAACAAUUCUUUAUUCUAGAUACACUUAUAUUUAUUGACGUGGAUUUGUUACUAAAGCAUUUACACUAAAAAACGUUUAAGUCCUUGGUAGUAAUUUUAUGCUUCAGUACUACCAAAACUUUUCUAUUAAUUUUAUUGUUUUGGGAAAAGACGUACUAUUUGUAAUUUGUUAUAAUUUUGAAAUAAAGUUAUACAUCAA